AUGAUUGGGUCCUCGACUAUAAAUGCUCACAGUUGCCGUAGAUUCUCAUCAAGCAACAGCUCGACUUCUCUCAUCAUGAACAAGUUCCUUAUCUUCGCUAUCGCAUUCUGCGUUCUCGCUACCCAAACCGAUGCUCAAUUCUAUUCUCCUUACGGAUAUUAUGGAUACAACGGACUCGGAUAUGCUUCUUCUUACUACCCAUCAACUUAUGGAUACGCUAACUACUACGGAGGAUACGGAUACCCAUCAUACUAUGGAGGAUACUACGGUGGAUAUGGAAGCAACAAGGGAUCCGCUAACUCCCAGCAAGCUCAAGGACCAGCCCCAUCUUUGACCAACAACAACUCUCAGUAA